CCUGGGCUUUUUUGAUGACGUCACCGCAAAUUCCCGACAGCCUUUGCGCUUUUUUAAAAUAAGUGCGCUACUUCUUCGUGCUCUGCUUCUGUCAACAAAAUUACGAUGAGGAGAAAGUGGAGAUUUUAACUAAGUUAAUCUUACAUUGACAUUUAUUUAAACCACACGUGUAUGCUACAGCUCAUACAGCGCGAGUAGUUUAUCGCAUCUUUUUGGCCAUUUGCUGAUUUAGCAGAAGCAACAGUGAAUGCAAAAUGAAGUACUUGAGGACAGAGGAGUAUGUCCAACAGCUGUCUUCUGUGAAGGACACUAUUCUUCUUUACGACAACCUGAAGAAACAUGUGGAUGGUGGCCUCGGUCCAUAUGGCCGAACAAUGUGCGAUCGUAUCAUCCGGGCGUGCAACCAGCAGCUGGCCAGUGGCACGUUGGAUUUUGCCCAUCAGGAGCGACUGGUGGAGUUGGCUGAACUUGCUAUUCAAGGGUUUGAAUUGGUUGAAGAUUCAGGAAUGCAAAGCAACCCAUUAUAUCUGGAGAAAAUAGUAUACCACAUCCUACAGAAAGUUGCAUCCUUUAAAGCUCACGGCCUUGCUAGUCGAUUGGGGCAUCUCAUGUACAGAAGACUGAAGCAUUUUUCUGCAGAGACCGACGACUUCAACGUUCUGGUGCGAAACUGUUUUGCCGUCUUAUGGAACAGUCUCCAGGUUAGCGCGCGCAGCUCCGCCCUCUCUCCAAGAGACAGACUUCACUAUCACCUACAAGCUCUGACCUUCAAGCUCCUACAACAGGAGCCCAGCUCUGCGUCCUCUACAUCCAAAAUUCCUCAGUUUGUGGAGGAGGUGGUAGGGGAAUACGAACGAUCGUGUAGUUUGACUCACGGUGAUGUGAGUUUUUUAACUUCUGAAUUACAAAAACUUUCCCUUGUGCCGUGCUUGGAGCAAGACUCCGAGCAAACGUGCCUUUCACUGGCUGUGAAGUGUGAGGUCUUGUUUAAGGUCUGUAAGCUGCUUUGUAAAAGUCAGUUUUCAGCAGAAGCUGUCGGGUUGUUGCAAGGCGCCCUGGAGGGGAUAAAAAGUCCAGGUGCUCUGCGAUCGUCCCUGAGUCUUGCAGAUCGGGCAUUGCAGCUGCAUCGUACUUUGGGUUCGGAAGGAGAUUGCUGUAAAGCGUUUACUGAAUGCGCACGCAUCCUGAGGGGGCUGCCCAAAGCCAUGUCCGACCCGGAGUGCCAUGUGCUGUUAGAGGCUUGCCAGCUGGUUAUUUGGGCGGUGGAGGGUGGCCGGAGUAAAGGGAUGAACGUGGUCACAUUGCUGGCUUGUUUCUCCUUCUUGGAGGAAUACCAGGAACUUCUGUUCACACAGCAAAAGGACUCAUUUUCACAGCAAGUGCAGUACUCCCUUUGUUUCAGUUUCUACCAGGGCUUCAUUAGCACAUACGAUAGCCUUCACACAUCUCUGGUGUCUACUGGCGAUUCUUUGGACAGAGUGCUGUUGUACUGCAAUGCGACUGCAGGACGCAUGCUAACCGAAUUGCGGACACUAAACAAUGACAAGUUUUUGCUUAACGCAGUGUGCGUAAUGAAUGAUGUGGUGUAUGAGCUGUUUGACAAGAAGUUGUAUGACGGAGCAUUUGGUUUGGCUGUGAUUGUAUGUCAGGAGCUGUUAAAGGAUGGCCUACCCUCACUUCCUGUGGACAGGAUCAAUCGGUGCUUUAAGCUGACCGUCCAGUGCAGCCGACGUGUGGGUCAACUGGAGCGGGCUUUAGACUGGAUUGUACGCUGGAUUCAAGUUUUGGGGGCGCGGGUUUUGGAUCAUCUCUCAGAACCUGUGUCGCUGUGGGUCAAAACCAAAUGUGAUGCAGCACGAGCAGGAGAUGAGGACACACGCCUAAGAACUUUGAGGGAUGGCUUGGGAGAAGUGUCGAUGGAUGAAGAGGUGCUGAUGAGUUUGUUAGAGGAGGAGUUACGCAUGUAUAAGGAGCAGACAGAAGACACUGCCCAGGAGCGCUACAACACACUCUGUGACCUCUUGGAUAUCUGUCAUGAAGACACGGUACACAAACUGAGACGUGCUUCUUACCUGUGCGAGAUGUCACAGGUUGUGUGUUACCAAGACUUUAGCCAACAGACUGAGUGCUCAGCGGUUGACUUUACCCAGGAGGCUUUGCGGUUAUUGGAGGCAGAGCCAGAGACGGCAGAGAAUGCUGAUAGGUUGAAGGACGAAAAGGCACAGGCCUUCCUGUGGCUCUACAUCUGCACUCUUGAAUCCAACCUGCAAGAGGCUGUGGACACAGAGAAGCGAUUGCGUGCUGUGCAAGAGGAGAGUAAAGUGAAUGUGGAUCCUGUUCCCACCAACGAUCUGGAGUACGAGGAGAAACAGAAAUCACAAGAGAGUCAGCUAGUCUAUGAUGGACUACGCUUCAGUCUACUGGCCGACAGCAAGCUGAGCGAGCCGUUGGAGAAAAGUUUGUCUUUAUGGAGAAGUCUACUCAAGGGGUCCUCACCAGCAGUUAGAGACCCUAAACUCACAGCAUCUUCAAUCACACUGAUGGCUGCCCUCCACACACUCAUGGGAAAACACCUGCAAUCUCUGGAGGGAUAUCAGCUCGCUGCCACUCUGUUUCGUAGCAUUGGCGAUGCUCAAAACAGCGCUAAUGCCUUUUGCCAGACUGCCAGGAUCCUGUUGUAUCUAGGGUCCCCUCAGCUCGCCCAGGAGGAGUUAGAAAAAGCAGAACAGAGUUUGACAUCUGACUCGAGCUCAGAGGGCUCGUCUGUAAUAUCCAUGACUGUAAUGCUGCAGAAAGCACAGAUCUGCUAUGCUUUAGGACAGAUGGAACAUGGUGUUUUUUGCCUGAUGCAAGUAAUUAAGGAGUCCACUCGGCAUCAUUCCAAGAGCUGGUACCUGCUCAGGGCACGAGCACUGCAGACAGCCAGUGACUACUUGAGCCUGGACACGCAGACUUUAGACACGCAGCUGCGCCAGAGCAUCAUUGAACAUGGUUUGAAAACUCCAGAUACAGCCCAGUAUGAAGGACUGAAGCUAUUGUGCAGCUUAGUGAUGAUGUUGCUUGGCAGCGGGUUUUACGGAGCUCCCGGAUCAAACACAGACACUCGCUUUGUCGAUCAAGGAGACAGCGUUGUAUUUAAGUGGCUGUUGUUGAGCGAGGUGCUGGUGUGUUCUGAGAGGAUGGUGGCAAUAAGGAGCAGCAGCGGGGCCGUUCAUGAAGCUAAAGCUCAGUGUCUAGAGGCCCUCAAACUGGCCACCAAACUACAGAACCUCAGCCACUGUGCCGAGCUGUUGGUUUUGAAAGCGGAGCUGGAGUUGAUGAAGGGAGCAACUGAAGCAAGUGGUUUGGAUCUAGAGCAAGUUAGAAACUUACUGGAUUUGUGCACGGAUUUUGGCCAGGGGCAACAAGCGAAGAGUGAAAUGAAAAUAAAACCACGCAAAGGUCGACCAGCUGCCCCUGCUUCCUCUGGUGACGUUCUUGAGGAAGAAGAGGACCUGAGUGGAAUCCUCAGCUCUCGUGCCCUUCUCAAGGAGCCUGUCGAAACCUUAUCUAGAUUAGGAAGCCAAGGAGCAUCUCCCCCUCUAAAGUGCAAACGCCAGCGUUGGCUUUCCUGCCUGAACCAUGCCGAGACCUGCUCCUGUCCUUGCUGCACCGAGCUCGGUGUGGCUCGCGUCAGUAUCCAUUGGGCCCUGAUACAGGCAGAACUCCAAUCGGAUCAAGAGCUCUCCCGCCGACUACGUCACUUUGCCAGGAAACGUUGUCGUAGUGUAAUAGCUAAGCUCCAAAGCAGUCUGGGUGCUUUUGUGUCUUCAAAAAAAUCAACUAGGCAAGGUUUGACAGUGCUCCAGGCAUACCAGGGUAGGGUGCAUUUGGCCACCGUGUUUCAGCUUCUCAGGACGGGAGAUAAAGGUAAGGCUGCGGCCUUGUGGGAGGAGAUUGAGGCAGGAUUGGAGGCUGUGAAGCCUUCAGGAGCAAUGACACCAGAACUUGGACCCAUCAGGGCUGCCCUACUAGGAGCUAAAGCCGUGGCUUCCUGUUUAGCGCUGGCCAUGAAGAAACAGUGCAAUCCUGAAGAACUCUUCUCUUCUGCGUGGUGCUGGAACCCAUCAAAGAUUAAAACGCAACUAAAACCUAAAACAGAAAUGAAGCAAAGAGCCAAAAGCCAAACUAAAGAAACCACUGCAGGCUCCAAGAAAGCUGAAGAUGUGGUGCCUAAAAUUACCAUCUCCAAAUCCUCUGUGGUUUUCAAGACGCCUAAACCACCAAGGACUUCCCGGCCCAAAUUUGGCUCCACUAGCACUAGUAUUGGCGAUCUGAGAUCAUUUGAUUUCAACAAUGAGGUGCCUGAGAUUUCUGUAAACCUAACACCUGCCAACAAUCGUGGGGCUGCCAAGGCGAAAGUUGCCUCGAAGGGAUCAUUCGAAGUUUACAAAGAUUCUUCUCCUAUAGAAGUGAAAUCUGUGGCUGUGCCUGCCGCACCUAAACGGACCAAACGCUCUCGAUUUAAGGUUGAGUUCAGUGAUGAGAGCGACACUGAAACUGCACCUGUCGUAGUGGAAAAGUCGGAGAAAAAGCGAACCGCUUCCAACUCCAAAACCCCUCGCACACCUAAACCAGCGCUGAACUCCAACCCCAGUGACGCCAAAGUUCCCGUAGAGCCAGAUCGUCCUCAAAGAGCACGAACCGCUAAGAAGAGCACAGCUCUUCCCUCCACCAGCUGUCUCUCUUCUGACGAAGAUGCCUCCCAACAGACACGCCCACGAAGGGGCAGGUCGAAGAAGGAUCAAGGUUUAGAGGUUACAGGAGAGCCAGAAAAGUUGAGGAUGAUUAAAGAGGAAGAUGAAGAGGUUCGACUGAAUAUCAGCUUUGAGGAGCUCAAAGUCUCAGACACAGGCAGCCCAGAUGCUGAUUGUGAGGUGCUGAGGAGAGAUCUGACUGCAGAUGUGGGGCGAGAGUGUUUCAGUGAGCUCAGGAGGGUUGGACAGAACGGUCCUGGAGCUCACACACCCCUACCACAUGAACAUACUGCCUGGGCUGACCUGUCAAUGGAGGCCAUCCAGUCCUACCUGCGCUCAUCAUGGCUGCUCCUCCAUCACUUCCCGCCCCCUUUUUAUCCUCAAAUCUGCUCACUCCUCGCUCAGUCACUAGGUCAGACUGAUCCCAUCACCACAGCAAUGCUGCACGCACAGUCACUGGGGGUGUCCACCCGGCACCACAUGACCCGUCACGUGGCUGGCCAGUUCAGGAAGCUGAAAAAAUCAUGUAAUGAUGUCACUGAAGGUCUUGGUGCUCUGAGGCUGGAGGAAACUGGAGGGGUGACUCGGUCUCAAAAACUAUCUUUGCUGGAGAACAUUUUUUCGUUCGCGUCAUCGAACCCAAACCAGUUUCCACAUACACACUGCCAGCAGUUCACGCAGCAACUGAAAGAUUUACCAGCAGGAAUAACAGUGUGCCUGCUUUCACUUGCGGGUGUGGAUCCUGAUGAGAUUGGCGGUACUAUUCUACUAACCCGACUGCAGCGAAACUCUGCCCCAAUUACCGUGAGGAUCCCUACUACAGACAGAGAGCGUUCUAUUACCAUGCUGUUGGAAGAAAUGGACGGCGUGUUGAAGGGGCAGAAGGAGGUGAGCACAGUGGCGGAAAAAUCACAGUGGUGGGAGGGACGCAAGGCUUUGGAUGCUCGCGUGGAGAAAAUGCUCGAGGACAUGGAAGAGGUUUUAGGGGUGUGGCGAACUUUACUCCUUCCUUUGACCUCUGACCCUGAGCUUGAAGUUCAGAUUAAACGCCUCCUACAGACACUGAAAGGAACAAAGAUCACAGAGGACACGCUUAAGGUGGUUCUUUCGGCAUCUCCGCUCCUUUCCCUGCCUGACCUACAGUCUCUUGUGGAAGGAGUGGGUCUGUAUGAUAAGGACUUGUUGAAGCUUCUCCGGGUUGUUGUGGCUGAACUGAAAGGGAGGGAGGAGCCACAGGGACAUACAGUUCUGAUCUUAGACAAGUACUUGCAAAGGUUGCCAUGGGAGAACAUUGCUUGUCUGAAAUCUCGUUCUGUCACUCGCAUGCCCUCAUUACAUGCUGUACUUGGACACGGUCACCUUAAAGAGAUGGAUUCAAGCUGUGUGUUGUCUUCUGGUGUGAACCCUAAGAAAGUUUAUUAUGUCCUGAACCCUGAUGGAAACCUGCCUGAUACUGAGAAACGCUUUAAAGAUUGGUUUACCGGUGAGCGAGCAUGGCAAGGGGUUUGUGGAACCGCUCCUGAUUCAGAUAAACUACAAGAGGCCCUCACUACCAAAGAUCUCUAUAUUUACAUAGGACACGGAGCAGGAGCCCGGUUUUUGGACGCUCAGAGGGUUUUGAAAAGCUCUGUGCGGGCAGUGGCUUUGCUGUUCGGUUGCAGCAGCGCUGCGCUCAGUGUACUUGGCCAGCAGGAAGGAACAGGAAUCAUCCUCAGCUAUCUGACCGCAGGAUGCCCAUUAGUGCUUGGUAAUCUGUGGGACGUGACGGAUCGGGAUUUGGAUCGCUUCACAUCAGCUCUUCUCCAAUCCUGGCUCUCUGCUGGGCCUGGCUCGUCUCUUCUUCAGCAUUUAGGCCAAUCACGUAACGCCACACACCUCAAACAUAUAAUUGGUGCUGCUCCGAUUGCGUAUGGUUUACCUGUGUACAUUCACUAGCUCAGUUUUAUUUUUAAAUACUAUUUUAUUCACAGCCAAUUU